CUUUGCUGUUAUGCCAACGUGCCAUGACAACAAUCAUUAUCAUUGAUGGAAAAAAAUUGGCGGCAAAUCUUGAGUUAAUUUGAAAUGACAUCCAGCUAGCUCGGGAUCAUGUUGAAAAAAAGUUUGCAUUUGCAGUCGCAUCAGCGUCGUCUAUGCGAAAAGAGAUGUUCCAAUGACUGGAGCCCUGUGAAGGAGUCGACACGAUGCUCCGCUCGAAGGAGGUCAUCUGGAGACUGUGUGGAAGCUGAAACGAGGAAAGGAAUCGCCAUGCUGAAGAGGAAACCGGGCCGGGCGAGCUCGGACACCAACCUCCAUUCGACUUCCGGAAAAAUUGUAAAGCGAGUGAGGAAAGCCAAGCAGCCUGGUGGUGGAGUGGCUGACAAGGCAGAGCUCGAACGUGUACUGGGAAUCAGUGCAGUUAGCAAUGCGUCGCUGAGCUGUUGUGAGGUGAAAGGCAUUGUGGCCUAUCCUGCGGGAUGCGUGGUUGUGCUCUACUAUCCACGCAAGAACCGACAGCAACAUAUCCAGAGUCCUGCACGGCGGCCUAUCUCGUGUCUGUCCUUCUCUCAAGAUGGCAAUUAUCUGUGCACAGGAGAGAGUGGCCACCAGCCCAUGGUGCGUGUGUGGGAGCUGCUGGACACGCCAGUGCAAGUUCAAGAACUUCAGGGUCAUCGCUUUGGCAUAUCUAUGGUGUCCUUCUCACCGAAGGGGAAGUACCUGGUGUCCGUUGGUUACGAGCAUGACAUGAAUGUGAUUGUGUGGAAGUGGCGUAAUGGCUCUCAGCUGGCGUCCAACAAAGUGUCUGUCAAGGUUUCUGCAUUGUCUUUCUCUCACGAUGGCUCGUACUUCGUGACAGUUGGCAAUCGUCAUGUGCGCUUCUGGUACCUGGAUACCUCCAGCAAGGUCAGUCAGGCUCAGCCAUUGCAGGGCCGUUCGGCUGUGCUGGGUGAGCAUCGGGGUCUGAAUUUCGUCAGCGUUGCCUGCGGUAGCGAAGAGAGCGGCUCCAAUACGUACGCCGUCACCUCCAAUGGCCUGCUUAUGCAGUUCAGUCAGCAACGUCGCUUGGAAAAGUUUGUCACUCUCAAGACACCGCGUGCAUUGAGCAUUGCUCUGGGCCGGUUCAUCUACUGUGGCUGCAUCGAUGGUGUUGUCAGGGUGUUUGAUCUGACGACACUGUGCUAUGUCACAUCUCUGCCUAACCCCCACCCGCUUGGUGUUGAUGUGGCUUCCAUCAUUGAUACAAGCUCAUUGCUUGAGUCAACGGAUGGCAAAUCAGGCUUGCAAUUUCCCGAUGUGUGCGCGCUGGUACUGGAUGAUACUGGGUGCCGGCUGACAUGCGUGUAUCGAGACCGGAGUAUGUACGUGUGGGACGUCAGUGAUGUGAACAAGGUCGGCAAGACGCGCUCCUUCCUCAACCAUUCCUCGGCCAUUUGGGAUGUGGAGAUGUACCCGGAAGCAAAGAAUGGUUCUAUCUCACUCCUGCCACCCGGAACAUUCAUCACGGCAGGUGCUGACAGCACAAUUCGUUUUUGGAAUGUUGGCCACGCAAGCUCCACAAUGUUCAGGAAUAUCUACAGCAAGGAACUCGUCCGUAUCAUUGAUGUACAGAAAGGUGACCAAGACAAUGCUGUUCCUGGUGGUGACAAUUGCGGUGUGCGGGCAUUGAGGGCGAGUCCUGAUGGCAGGUGCCUGGCAUCGGGAGACCGCUCCGGCAAUUUGCGUAUUCAUGACUUGAAAAGCUUUCAAGAAACUGCACUUGUUCUGGCCCACGAUGGUGAAAUCCUGUCGCUGGACUUCGGUGAGCCACUGCUUGGUCGUCAGUUCCUUGCAUCUUGCAGUAGAGAUCGUCUUGUUCAUGUCUUCGACACAGAGCAAUGUGACCUUGUUCAGACUUUGGAUGACCACUCGGCCGCUGUCACUGAUGUCAAGUUUGCUUUUGUGGAUGAUACACUGAAUUUGCUGAGCUGCUCAAAUGACAAGUCACUGAUGUUCCGCAGCAUGCAAGAGGACGAAACCUUCACAUGCACGCAUCAUGUGGCUGGAAAGUCAUCUUGUCAGUCGAUGGCAAUACCACCUGAACAGGAUACUGUACUCGCUGCAUGCCAGGAUCGGUUGAUCAGGCUCUAUCACUGCAACAGUGGCAAGAGUACUCGCAGCAUCAAGCUUCCCAGUGGUGAUGCUGGUGGCCUCGUGAAGAUUGAGUUGGAUCCGUCAGGUUCCGUGCUUGCAACGUGCAGCAGCGAUCGCUCCAUCAGCCUCAUCGACAUCGCAUCCGGAGAAGUUGCAGCGAUCCUUCACGGCCAUGCAGAGACGAUAACGGGUAUCAAGUUCACACUGGACUGCCGACGAUUGAUCAGCGUGUCAGCGGAUGGGUGUAUAUUCAUCUGGAGGCUGCCGAGCUCCCUGGUUGAGCUGAUGCAAGAGAAGCUUUUAGAGCAACGGCGUGCAUCCGGUCUGUUUGCCCCGCUUGUUGAGUCGGAAUUAGCUUUGACUUCACCCGCGCCUUCCGCAUCCCAAGCCGUCCACUCUACGGCCAAUAGUACCUUCACACUUCCUCCCGGCCAGCCGGAUGACCUCCAAGGCAUCACUCCCGGAUCUCCCUUUCAGUCGCCGGGGGCUGCCUUGUCCUCUGUAUCACCCGUGUCGCCGGAGAAUGAUUAUCGUUUCAGCAUGGGUCAGCUUCCUCGUUGGGCACGUGGACAGCUGCUGUCAGAUAGUGCUGUGGAUCAAGCUACAGAUCAACAGACUGAGGGUGUUACCAGGGCUGCCACCCUGCCCAGAGCGCAGACUAAGUGGGCCCAGCGUGUCGACGUAUCCGAGGGCUUGACUGUUGCGUCACAGCUCGAAGGCGACAAUGGAGUACUUCGCGUUGAUGAUGCCUGGUCAGGUCCUCGUCCGCGCUUGUCAUCGCCUGGUUCCGACUCGCCAUCUGGGAGAACGUUCUGCGUGGAGACAAAGCACGCGAGUUCCACUCCUGCUGUCUUUGGAGAUUCGACAGCACGUUCAUCAACACCUCGUGACCUAGAUAGCAGUGUUGUCCACACGCCCACCAGUGAUCGAACCUUCACCGCAAGACUACCUGAUGCUGGUCAAGAUAGUGGUGAUGCAACAGUAGUACUUCUUGCUCAAGACCCGCAGCUUAGUCCAGAGGGUGAUAUUGAUACCAUUGAGGAGGAAGAUGAAAGCGAGGAGGACACGACGAUCUACUUGCCAAAGAUUGCCAAUGACGCCGAGGCCUCCCAGGACUUUUUUGUAACUGAAUCAAGACAAGAAUCUCCACCAAUGGACGAUACACCUGAAAGCGAUGAAACGAUGUCCAGUUAUCCAGGUACGCCACUGGAAGAGGCCACAUCUCCUCCUGCACAUCCUCUUCUCUCUCCACACAGCGAGCAGGAGUUCCAACCAAUCUGUGACCAGCUUGCCGACUCGUUGUUUGGCAGUGCUGCUGACGCCCCUGGCUCUCCCCAUGCGUCUGUCACCUCACGGCAGCCACCGACCCAACAGAAGCUACAGCUGCAGCUGCAGCGUAGGCUCAGCAUGACAUCCCGCUUUUUGGCCAGGUCCAAGCAGACGAGUGGUAGUACCGCUGCAACUCGGCCACGUCCAACUGACUUGCCGGCUGUGUCAGAAGCAUUUGCCCGUAGCGCUAAUCAGGCUGUGUUAUUAUCGCCCAGCACGGCAUCAGUUGGAGAACCGUCGUCCAUGAACUCUUCAAUGACCUCAGGGGCGUCAACAACAACAACGCGAGCAUUUACCAGCAGCAAUAAUACUGCAGCAUCCCCAAUUGCGCCUGUUCGUAGCCGCACAUCAAGUGCUAGCCACAAUAAGAGUCAGCAAGCUACUCGUGCUUCUGAGUCGAAACCAAGGCCUUCGUCUGCAGCAGCGUCGAAAACCGGCGGACUGCUUCCGGUGCAAAAACGUUCCGGAUCAGCACCCUCGUCCAAGCAGCAGCUGCCAUCUGGAGCACGCUCUCCAUCUCGUCAUACCGGUUUCUCGCCCUCGUCUUCGGAUUCGGGCAUAGAUAACACGGCACUUCGAGACGCUGAGAUCACUCCACCGCGUACACCACAGUCACCUGGCAAGAGCCGUGUGGUGGCAGCAGCACCAGCAGCAGUGGCAGGCAAGAAAGCGGGGCCGGCAGCGUCUAGACAGUGCUCUGAUUCGUCCGUGCCUCAAUCACCAGGCGAGGAGCUUGCAGCUGCAACUUGUUCAGAGGCACUUGACGCUCUUGAGGGCAGUUUUGAAGCUGCCAUGUCUCACUUUUCCAAACUCAAAGGCCGGUGCCAGCAGCCUCAAGCACCACCUGCUUACAGCCGCUUGCUGGAGCGCUACUCCAGUGUAUUCACACGUCUUCACUCCGAACUCGGCUCGCAUGAUGCUCGUACAGGCAUGACUGAAGAACUGUCUUCAGCUGAUGCAAGCGCUGGCCAUUGUGAAGGUCGAUCACUGCUAGGAGAGGACAAUACGGUUGCAUUACUGGAGCGCUACUCCGAUGCGUUGUGCUCGAUGGUUCAGGAAAAGCUUCAGCUCCGCAGUGGCAGUGGCAAGCAGCUUAGUGAUCUGUCCAAGAGAAAACGAGACUUAGACAAAACUUGACAUGUGUAUCACUACUACUAUUAAUAUUUAUCAUUCUAUUCAAAAUAUUGAGUUGUGUACUCAACUACUAUUGGACAGGCUUCAAGUUUCUUUAUUUUCUGCCACAUCAUGGCAUGUCAUAUUGUUGAGGAACUCUUUCAACAUCUGCUGAUGGUCCUGCUCGCUUUGCAUGCAGUAGCUGUAUCUUUUACCUUUUAGCUUCACUGCUUAUGCAUUGCAAACAUAAUAGUCCAGCACAUAGUACCUUCCGCUUCCAUACACUUGUUAGGUGAUGCAGCUAAGAAUGCCUUUCUCCCUCAAAUAUGAGUACCAUAAAAGAAUAAUUAGGAUUUCUCCACGUACUUGUCUCGGGACUACCACAAAACAUGUACCACACCUUCUGGAACAGAGUUCACUUACUGGAACAUUCAAGACCAUGUUUUUAAAUUUGUUAGUAUUGGUUCAUUGCAGAGUUUAAUAGCUGCACUGUAUACAGGUCUAAGUUAUGGUAAAGAAAAAUAAUAAAAAACAAUGUCUCAUAAGUCUGA